UGGUGACUGUAAUUUACAUUCUACUGUAUCACUUUUUCUAGCAACCAUGACAGCAGUGAACCCAUCUCCCAUGCGUGGAGUAACCAUUCACGGAACUGUAGAAGCUGGUCCGCAUAGCAUAAAUAGUACAAUUUACCUGACUGAAGACCAGUUAACUGUGAAAGUUCUCAGUAAAAUAUUUUGUAUGGACCCGUCAACCAUAGUAUUAAGACCGCAAAAUGACGCAAACAAAGUUGUCCACCCUCAAACUGAUGGCAUAAUGCCAAUUGAACAAUUGGUAAUAGAUCCUAAAUUGGAAUGGGUUUGCACGGGAGAGCCAGACAGAAAGAAUUUUGGUUUCAACGGAUACACUACUGUGAAGACGGUCGCUGUCGGAUUAUUGAACUCCUCCUUGUUUGCUGUACACCUGGCCAUAUGCAUUACAUUGGGGUCGAAUCUAUACAGUCUCCAAGUUAAUUGCCCCGCGAACUCUCCAGUCCCCACGUUUGCACAGUUCACUGCGAAAACUGAUUACAGAUAA